AUGAAGCUCUCCUCCAGCUUCCUUUUGCCCUUAUUGGCCAGUACAGUUUGUGCUGCAUCAGAUUCCGCUCUUGCCUAUAUCCUCGAAGGCCAACAAAAGCCAAACGACCUAAUAUCACCUCCAGCUCUCUCUCCAAAUGAAGCACGACUCGUCCUCGCACAACGAUUGGGCGUAUCACAAUUUCAUGAUGUCGGAUCGGUUGGCAGUGAGGCGAUUAAAUACAUCAAUAAGUUUGGAGGUCAACUGAAAUCAUUAUUCAACGAUGCGCCAAAAGACAGGGCGGCUGAGUUGGUUAUCAUUGUUGAGGGUGUAUCCGAGGAGACGGCUGGAUCACUAUUAAAUUCGUUAUCUUCUAUCAAGCCAGCAUUCACAAUCUUGAAUCCACCUACAGCUAGGACGACAGAAAAGUUGGCAGAUGAUUUGGAGUUGCAAGUCGGAAAGGCGAAGGAAUGUACCCUCGACGAUGCUAUCAACCCAUUCGCAGAUCAAUGUUGGAAUGGAAAAUCGAAGAUUAUGCACCUUGACUUGAAUAGGAAAUCCGAGCACAAGGAGUUCAUCAACACAUCUUACGAACGAUUGACCAAAUUUGCCUCAAAAGCAGAAAUGAACGUUAUCGUCGUUCUCAUGCCUGAAUCCCGCAGAGGUAGCGGCUCUUACGGCUCUUAUACUAGACCCUCACAAAAGAAGCUCUCUAGCAGACAACAAUUCGAAGAACCAAUGGCUGAGUUUGUCGACCAUCAAGUACAAGAAGCCCCAAGUUCCAAUUCUUCCCGCAACAACAAUACCGUCAUCAAGACAACUCUUCCCGUUUGCCACGCUUCCUUGGACUCUUGUAUCUCUUCUACCAAUAACUGCUCAUCAAUGGGCGCUUGCUACAAGAAAUACACGUCCCAGUCUGGCGAUUGUUUCGCCUGUAGAUGUGACGCUGAUUCAGGACGUGGAGGAUCUGCUUGCCAGAAACAAGAUAUCAGCGGGCCAUUCUGGUUGAUCUUCAUUUCCAGUUUAGUCCUCGUUGGACUUGUCUCCUGGGGGAUUGGUAUGCUGUAUAGCAUUGGUGAUGAAAAAUUGCCAGGUGUUAUUGGUGCUGGUGUUUCUUCCGGCAAGACGAGAUAA